ACGGACUUGUACAAAUUGUAAUACUUUAAUAGAGCAUCAUUUAAACAUUCUUUUUAAAAAUAAAACGAUGUACAGUCGAAAAUAGAGCAGAACACCAACCCAACAAACUCAACUUUAAAGUUAAAACGAAAAAUGAACCCACGACUGACAUCGUUCCUCCGCCAUCUCCACCACCAUAAAUUCCGCUCAAAUUCAACUCUCUCUCCUCCCGCACAAACCCUAGAUUCUCUCCGUCGUCGAUUAGCGGAAGAAUCCCCAACCCUGAACGAUUUCAUUCAAUUACAGAGAAAUGAGGAGUACUCCGUCGAAGUCGGAACUAAGAAGAAUCCUCUUCCUAAACCUAAAUGGAUGAAGGAAUCGAUUCCUGGUGGUGAAAAAUAUACCAAAAUUAAGAAGAAAUUGAGGGAAUUGAAGUUGCAUACUGUUUGUGAAGAAGCUCGUUGCCCUAAUUUAGGGGAAUGUUGGUCUGGUGGAGAAACUGGUACCGCUACUGCUACGAUUAUGAUUUUGGGUGAUACUUGUACCCGCGGUUGUAGAUUCUGUAAUGUCAAGACAUCUAGAUCUCCUCCCCCUCCGGAUCCAAAUGAACCAACCAAUGUUGCGGAAGCUAUUGCAUCCUGGGGCUUAGAUUACGUAGUCAUUACAAGUGUUGAUCGAGAUGAUUUACCUGAUCAGGGCAGUGGUCACUUUGCUGAGACUGUGCAGAAGCUGAAAACCUUAAAGCCAACUAUGCUGAUAGAGGCCCUUGUUCCUGAUUUCCGUGGAGAUCCUGACUGUGUUAAGAAAGUUUCUGUAUCGGGCUUAGACGUGUUUGCUCACAAUAUUGAGACAGUUGCAGAGCUUCAGAGUGUAGUUAGAGAUCAUCGUGCUAACUUCAAGCAAUCUAUAGAUGUUCUAAAGUUAGCUAAAGAAUAUGCUCCUGUUGGUACCCUAACCAAGACAUCGAUAAUGUUGGGAUGUGGAGAAACACCCGACCAAGUGGUCAAUACUAUGGAAAAAGUGAGAGCUGCUGGUGUUGACGUGAUUACCUUCGGCCAGUAUAUGAGACCUACAAAGCGGCACAUGCCAGUAUCCGAAUAUAUAACUCCAGAAGCAUUUGAAAAAUACCGAGUUCUCGGAAUGGAAAUGGGAUUUCGGUAUGUGGCUUCUGGUCCCAUGGUGCGAUCUUCAUACAAAGCUGGUGAGUUCUACAUCAAGUCGAUGAUAGAUGCAGAUCGAGCAAACUCAUCCUCUGCUCCAUUGGAGGCUUCAAGCUCCUGAAUUUUUGGAGGUUAAAUCUAUAAACUUCCUUUCAACAACAAUUCAAUUCCUGCAUUUGUAUGAUUCUUUGUAUAUUUCCUUACCUGAUGAAUACUCAUUGAAAUAUUUAACUUGCCUACGAUGAAAAACUGUUCUUCCUAACUUCCAAGUGCCUUUUUUCACCCUGUAAUUUUCAAGGUGAUAAAUAAAAGUUUUUUUGGCUUAAAUAUUUUAUCGGUGAUAUUAAUAAGGCUCAAAGUAAAAUAUCAUCAAAAAUUUUUUUUAUUUUGAGACUUUUUUUCAAGUCAUAACGUCAUUAAUAUGCUAUUAUUAUAAAUGCAACCACUAGUUUGAAUUAUUUUUUGUUCAUCCGUGUAAUUUUAAUCGGGUUGUUUUAGGCGAGAAAAGGGAUGGGGAAAGUGUUUCAGGCGAGGAAAGGGGUUGUUUCAUGCUAGGGAAGGGAAGGGAAAGUGUUUCAGGCGAGGGAGGGGGUGGGAGAAGCUGUUUCAAUUCAGGCGUGGGGUGGUCGUUAAUUUUAAUCUGGGUUGUAUUGGGAAGUUGUUUUAGGCGAGGAAGGGGUGGGGGAAGGGUUUGUUUUGAGAGGAGAAGGGAAGGGGUUGUUUCGGGUGACGGAAAGGAAGGGGGAAGUUGUUUCAGGCGAGGAAAAGGGGUUCAUUCGAGAGGUGGGCAAUUGGGGUGGUGCUUUAAAAUGUUUUUGAAUUGAUUUUAAUUUUUAUUUAACCCUAAUUCAAAAUAGUAAAAUUAGAUUGAAAACUAAAUCAUUAUAAUUAACUAAUUUAAAGAAGAAAUGAUUAAGUUUUCCAAAAUAUUGUUUUUAGAAUAAAUUAAAAUGAAUUAUUUAUUAGGAAAAAAUAUAAUAAAUAAUUAAAUUGAAAACUAAAUAUGUAAUGAAAUGAAUUUAAAAUUAAAAUUCAAAAAGAAAUGUUAAUUGUGCUGCCACAUCUACAACCAUGUCAACUCUAGGAAUGCUUCAAAGAUUAUUCCAAACAAUGUAAUUGUUGAAAUUUGACCCAAUAAAUUUGUUUUGGCCAAAGUUCAGCGUGUCACGUGCAAGUUUUCUUAUUAAUAAUAUUAAUAGCUAAUCUUGUGAGAGAUAGUUUCUAAAUUAAAUUUAUAGUGUCUAACAUUAUCGGGUUUUAUUAGAAUUAAAUACUUUUUUUUAAAGUGAAUAAUUAACACAUAUUCUCAAAUGAUUGGUCUCACGGUGAGAUCAUCUAUAUUGAACUUGCCUAAUGUACACUAACAGUUUUAUAGUGAUUACUUUUUAUAGUUUUAAGCGAUCAUUUGCAACUUUAAAAUGUUCACAUACAAUCUUAAAGUAAUCAUUUAUAAUCUUAAAGUGAUUAUUUAUAACCUUAAAGUAAUCUUUUACUGUUAGAAAGUGAUUACUCUUUAUAGAGUUAAAAUGAUUCGUUUAUAACUUUAAAUUAAUCACAUAAAAUCUUUAAGUAUUAAAUUAGAAAAACAGGUUGAUUGUAUGGGCCAUUAUAAAACUAAUUACCUAAAUCAACUAGAACACAAAUUAAUUGUAUGGGCCAUAUAAGUCUCAUGCAAAGAUUUGCUAAUUAAUUAAAUGCUUUGUUUGUAUAGAAAAAGGGAUUAAAUUAAAGAAACAAGAAAGUCAACUAUAAAAAUAGGAAUGUUUAGUUUUUAACUAUUUAAAAGGAUUUUAGUUGCUAAAGGAAUGAUUCCCAAUUGAUAUUUCUAGAAAGUAUGAAUGUACUACCAUCAGUUUUUCCUAAAUGUUCUCCUCGGUUGCUUUAUAAAAUUAAUAAAUUAAAUGGGCAAAUAUUGGAGUACAUUUUAAGCUAAGGUAAAUCUUUAAAGCAAGCUCAUCUUUUACAGCAGUUCAGCUAUGGUGUGUUUGAUUGAUGUGUACUUCUAUCAUGUUUUCCUACUCUUUGAUGUAAUAUUUUUAUGUGUUAUGUGGACAAUCACUUAAACUGAUUUCCGCCGACCUAGAUGUUUCCAAUAUUUUGGGAUUAAUAUUUUGCGGUGUUAUUGCAGUUAAAGUAAUAUUCAUAAACUAGCAUCGAGUAAACGGGAAAUUCUAUUUAGAUUAUAUGUUGUCUCAUUUUUUUUUUUUUACCGUCUAAGGCUAAAACCUCUCGCUGACCACCUAGCAAAAGCGAGAACACUAGCAUAUAUCGAAUGAGAGAUGAUUCUUCCGACACAAUAUUGACUUAACCAAAAGUCUAAAUUGUUGCAACUUGUAACUUCUAGAAUGGUUUUGUAAGAUACUCCUAUCUUAUAGUAGUCCUCAAGGAUAUUCCGAUCCUUUUAUCCUAUGUGAAGUCCAUGGUAGAAAUGAUAUGGAUGUUAAUAGCAUUGUUUGAUCAUUAAUGCAAGUUUAGGGUUAAUUAAACAAAAUCUACUGAUAAAAGAUUAUUACAAUUUCUGGUUAUUCGUAUCAUGAAUAUUGUUUAAUUAUGGCCAGUUUAGUUGGUUGCUAUAAUUAAUUUGAGGCUGUACAGAUAGGGAUUGGGUAUGAAUGUAGAAUGAUAAAAACAAUUAGAAACCACUUAAGAAGGUUGGCAGAUGAGAAAAUCAUCAUUUUGAUUUGUAGGAAUUCGUUUUUGUUUGACUAGCUCCUGCUUGACAAAGAUUUGUUAUUAUAGUUAUAGAGUAAGUAUCACUUUUUCGGAUAAAGUCUAGAUUUGAUUUUUACGUAGCCUCUUCUUUCCUCGGAUCCAAAAAUAUAAAUUAGAUCAUAACCUUUUUUUUUUCUUUACAUCCAUAAAUUAGGAGCAAACUAAAUUCGUCUUCUAGAUCAUUGAAUUCACUUCUAGAACAUUGCCGAAACAUCUAAUGAUCACUUCAAGGUUGAAACGCCCAAAUCCCAAUUACCAUCUCCUCUUGUUAUUACAUUGUAUUAUGUCUCAUUUAAUUUGCAUUAAUUUUUAUUUUGAUCCGUUCUAUUUAAUUUGCAUAAUUUUUAUUUUUUAAUUAUGGCCCAUCGGUCCUUCUAAUCUUAUCUAUACAUUUUAACUCUUUUUUAAUUUCAUCCACACAAUUUAUUUUUUAUUUAUUUAUUACCAUUAUCCAUCUUUUUAUUAAAAACAACUAUUUUCUCUAUAAUGUAAACCAUACAUAAGAGAGGGAAUAGAGUAUAAUUCUUUCGGAGACUAUAUGUACAUAAUAACUCCCUUUGUCUAUAAUAAUGACUUGUGAGUUGCCGCCCAUUCCACACUUUAUUCUAUAGCUCCACAUGCAAACAAUAGAACGUAUGUUGUUGGUAACAAAUUUCGUGAUGUGGAUAAUUUGCCGUGUAAGUUUUGAUAUUAUUUUUAUGGUGAUGAAAUUUUAAUUUUAAAAAAGUUUUUUUAUCAUAAAUUUUCAUUAUCACAUAAUAUCACAUCUCUAAAUUAAUGAUAAUGCAAAAAAUAUUUUGUGAAAAUAAAUCAAAUAUGAUAAGUAAACUUGUAAAGAGAUUAUCUGAAUAAAAUUAUACUGAUUUUUCGUCACCAUUUUCAACAUUUAAAACGGACAAUUAAAUAAGCUGUUAGAGACGAUAAUGGAGUAUGUGUGCAGUGUGCAUCAUAAAUUCAUAAGUACAUAGUAGAUUUAAAAUAACAUGGGAUAUAGUCAUUCUUCGAUUUAUUUCUAUACACUCCCAAAAAAAUAAUCCUAGUGUCCUACAUGAUAAGAAAUACAGAAUCAUAGAAUCAGAUCUAGCCAAAGACUGUAUAAAAUACUCCUUAAAAAUACAAUACAAUACAAUACUUUAGUUGACUGUUGACUGAAAGUCUGUUAUAGUGUUAUCUGAUGAAAUGGAAUCCAAGAACCAGUAUGUAAAGUUAAUUUGCAUAUAUAAUAUAUGGAUGGAUUUGCUGUUUGUUGUAAUUAUGCUGUUUAAUAAUUAUAUAGAUAUUUAUAAGAUGAAAAUGGGAAUCAAUUCCAAAUUUAGGACAUUAAACAUUUCGAAUAUUCUCUGAUUUUUCCUUAACACUGCAGAAAGUUGGGAAGGAACCUCUAUGUUAAUGUUCUUAUAGUAAAAUGUUAAAGGAGUUUACUUUUUUCUUUAAUAAUAUUCUGCUUUAGAUUAAAAUGGUGAUUAUAAUAUAGGAUAAUUUAUUGACAGACUGAGUUUACAAGAAUUGAGGUUGAUUGUGCCCAGGUUAAGUUAAGGUUGUUAGAGUAUAUAUAAGAUAUUACGAGGCUUUAACUAUCAAUUUAAGUUUUUGAUUAGAGCUAAUCUGACAAAAUGAUCAUGAAUUUGAAUUUCAAUCGACCCUCAAAUUCAGUGGAUUAUGUCACGGCAGGUAUGAGGAGAGUCUGUUUUGUAUCCACACUUUUUACCCAAAAAGCUCUUGUAUGAGAGGGCAUGUUUAGUUUUGUAACAUUAAUUUAUGAGACUUCAACUAUCAGUUUAAAUGUUAAUUUGAGUUGGUUUCUUGACAAAGGAUUGUAUGAGUGGUUCACUUGCCUAAAUCCAAAAAGAAUGUAAGGUUUAAAAGUCACACAUAAUUAAGGAUUUUUUUUUUCAUAUUAUGUGUAUGAAAUUUUCCGGUACAAUUAUGUAUUUGUCAAAAAAUUAGAGAAAAAUCUAUUUAGUCCUAUAUCUUUGUGAUUUGCUAUUUGAUUAUGUGGGCUAUUCAUUCUCCUACUCUUUUAAAUUUAUAGAAAAUUUAACAAAAAAAGAAGAUCAUACUUUAAAAGUUGAAGGCAAGGAUGUAACUAAAUACAAUGACACUAAUCCAAUUUUUUGUCUCCAUUUUAAGUUAUGUCAUUAUGCGGAUUAUUGAUGCUCCUAUGGAUCUGUGAAAAGUAGGAUAUGUACAAUGACACACACACCCUAUAUAUCUUUGUGGAUACAUAUUACUCCUAUUAAAAUCAAUAUCAAUAUUCCUGCUGAUUUAAUAAAGUAUAAUUUAAUAGUUGCCAUUUUUUUUCUUAAUUGAUAUAAAAAUUAAGUGCAAAUAUACAGUCAUAUUUCCUCCAUUCCAAAAUAUAAAUUCAUAUAAUUAGUCGUUUUAAUAUUAUAACUAAAAACUUUAAAAUUAUAAUCAUCACUUCAAAACUAUAAUAAUUAAUAUAAUAUUCCACCAACUAAUAAUUCAUAGAGUUUGUGCAAGUUUAAACCAUGGGGUAACUUUGGCAUUGGGAAAACAGGCAAGCAUGGCCUGAAAGGACAAAAUUUGGGCCCACUCCUCACUCUCUCCUCUUCUACUCUUUUCUUAAAAGUCUAAAAACACCCUUUGCUUCCCUUUUCUCCCAAUAAAUGAACACCUCCCUAUUACAUUGACCCUUCUCCUCAUUCCAACUCUUCUUCUACCUCCUCCUCUUCUCUGUCUUACACUUUAAUGGAACCCCCAACCAUUUUCUUUCCUUAGCCAAAUUUCUCACUCAAAUCUCCAAAAAAAAACCCUCAAAGUCUCCCAUUUUUGAAACUAAAAUGGGU